AGGCAGAGCAGUUUGCCUCCCAAACUCUCACAGGGCAAGACGCAGCGCAGCAGAGGAGCGCCAGAGGAGACGGUCUGUGGACUUUACUCAACGCGUCUUGCACCAGAACUCAGCCUUUUCUCGCUGUUGCGCUGUUGGUACUUUCGAAUUUCUUCAUGAAGUGAGUGGGUCGCAUCCAUUUCACUGUUGCAAAGAGAAAACAUGAGUUCUACUUCUGAAUCGUUUUGGAGGAUGAUCCGGCUGCUGGUGACAGUUGCGCUCAUGUCAGUGUGCGGAGCGACGGAGUACGAGUACUCGAGCUGGAGGCCGGACUCUUACAACGGCGGGCGCAGCUACUCCAAGCCCCCCCAGUGCGUGGACAUCCCGGAGGACCUGCGGCUCUGCCACGACGUGGGCUACAACCGGAUGUUGCUGCCCAACCUGCUGGAGCACGAGACCAUGGCCGAGGUGAAACAGCAGGCCAGCAGCUGGGUGCCCCUGGUGCACAAGAACUGCCACCCGAACACGCAGGUAUUCCUCUGCGCGCUCUUUGCGCCCGUGUGCCUGGAAGUGCCCAUCCACCCGUGCCGCUGGCUGUGCGAAGCCGUGCGGGACGGCUGCACCCCCAUCAUGGAGGCGUUUGGCUUCCCCUGGCCGGAGAUGCUCACCUGUGACAAGUUUCCCCAAGAUGAUGUGUGCAUUGCCAUGACGCAGGCCAAUACCACUGAGGUCACCAAGCCCACAGGUUACUCUCCCAUCUGCCCUCCAUGUGACAAUGAAAUGGAAACAGAUACCAUCGUUGAUCACAUGUGUGCCAGCGAGUUCGCUUUCAAGGCCAAGAUCAAGGAAGUGAAGCGUGAGAACAUGGACCGCAAGGUAAUCUUUCAGAAGAGGAAGAAGAUGGUGAAAGCGGGGAAUCUGAAGAAGAAAGACAUGAAGAAACUGGUGCUGUACUUGAAGAACGGCGCAGACUGCCCAUGCCAGCAGCUGGACAACUUGGGGAACCAGUAUCUAAUCAUGGGCCGCAAGGUGGAAAAGCAGUAUCUCCUCACAGGCAUCCACAAGUGGGACAAGUCCAGCAAAGAGUUCAAAAAGGCCAUCAAGAAACUCAAGACCCACAAAUGUGUCGCAGACCAGACUGUCUUCAAAUAAUACGACUGUCACUGGUCACAUCACAUCUCUCAUAUGAACUUGCACAAGCAUUCCCAAACUUCGCUUUCUAUUGUCCUGUUUAUAUAUCUAUAUCUUUGUAUAUUCCCAGAUAUACCUUGGAAUCAUCGGUUGUCAAGUUUGAUUUGAAUGUGGUUAGUAAUGAACCUAAAAUUGAAGGGCUGGGUGUCUUUUUUUCAUUUUAGCUCAAGAAAAGGACGGUAUAGUAAAAAGCUCUCUGAAAGCAUUUCCGCUAUUUGUAUGUAGAUACUUUGUUACACACAUCCUCUCAUGUCCUCUCAAAUGGGACAGUGGAUUGGUUUGGCAUCUGGGGAAAUACACUAGUUUGCUCUCACUCCUAAAAGUCAGAUGAGAAGACUGACACCACUUUUGUGCCUGCUUGGUAAAAGCAUGAGGCUUGAGUCGAUUGGACAUUAACAUUGGGAGCCAGUCAAUACAGCUCACUUGUCUCUCUCCACAGGCCAAAAAAUUAAAAUAAAUAAAUCCUUUUUUUUUUUUUUUUUUUUUUUACCGUAGAAUAUUUUUUUGGAUGUUUUAACCAAUGACAUGUAACAUAUAAUUCCGUGAUAUUUUUUGAGACAGAGCAAAACCAUGUGGUUCCCCCUUGCCUCCAGUCUUCAUGCUAACAUAGGCUAACCAUUUACUGGAUAACUCUUGAAAAGAAAAAUGUCCUACUGUCCUUAUUUCUCAUCAUAUUUUAUCUCAUCAAAUCAUUAGACUACGUAAGUUUGAUUCUUAACGGUCAAACCUAGAGUUUCUGUUGAAUAAUUUAUUGACAGAAAUAUAAAAGAACCUUAGCUGAUCAUCUUGUCAAACGCAUUCCUCUACAUUGCUUCCCUUUCUUUUGUAUGAAUUUUGUUAUUUGAAAAUCUUAAAGGAAUUAUAAACAACAAUCUAUGUCUCGAGAUAAUGUGUAGACCUGCGUGAUAGAUAGUCUGGCAAAAUAUUUUUACCCGUUUACUGUCUCUCUUCAUGUUGUCAGCAUUCAUCAUCAUCAUUAAUGGAACAUGCUAGUAUUCAUUAUUUUACAGUACAAAUACUGCCAACUCUAUCGUCUGGUUCUUCUUCUGCUCAAGUGUCUGGUCCGUUUUAGCACUAUUUUGUUUCAGAUUUAAAUGUCAGCAGUGCACUACUGCCUAUUACAUGUACAUACAAAUUUUACAUAAAUAUGGAAAAAGAA